AUAAUAGCGUUCCCUCAGCCUCUGAUGCCAAAAGUUGGUCAUCUGUUUAACCGACCUGCCUUUAGAAUUUUUCAUUUGUUUAUAUUAUAGGAUAAGGGUCCCAUAAUCCAGGUCUGCAUACCUAACAACGUAUGGCCGCCACCAAGUACCAAAUAGAUCCCGUUGGAAAGAGUAGGAGGAGUUGUUCACCCACAUCAUCACCUUACUCUUGUCAUUUUCUUCCCCCUUUUCUCUACAAAAGGCCUAUGCCUCGUUCUUCCAAAACCAGUGUCUUCGGAGUACAAACACGGGAUACCAGGUUACCAACAUAUAUUCUACCUUUAACAAACCCUACUCCCGGAAGGAAAAAAAAAAUUCCAACAUAUUUGCAUAAGAGUGUUCAAUGGAAAUGGGUUUGGUUUUGAUCGUAAUGGCCAUGCUGAGUGCAGGAGCUGCAGCACAAUCAAGUUGCACAAAUGUGUUAGUCAGCAUGUCACCGUGCCUUAAUUAUAUCACAGGGAAUUCUUCAACCCCAUCUUCAGGAUGCUGCUCACAGCUUGCCAGUGUAGUACGCUCACAACCACAAUGCCUGUGUCAGGUUCUUAGCGGCGGUGGAUCAUCCCUGGGGAUGAACAUCAACCAGACUCAGGCUCUGGCCUUGCCUGGCGCUUGCAAGGUGCAGACCCCACCCAUCAGUCAGUGUAACAACGCAGCUGUUUCACCAGCAAAACCACCCGCAGGAACAGCAGCAGAAUCUCCAAAUUCAGUUCCAUCAGGAACCGGAUCCAAAACCCUACCCACAACAGAUAAUGGCUCAUCCAGUGGGAAUUCCGUCAAGUUAUCCGUUCCUCUGUUACUUAUUUUGGCAGCAACAUACGCUUCAACUUUCAGAACAUACUGAUUCCAUAAUCAGUUGGCUUUCCUAUUGGAUAUUUUUUCCUUGUUUGCCGAUUGUCAUUGUUUCAUAUACUGUUGAGUUCCCUUAGGCUGAAGGGUUCAAUCUAUUCAUUUGUUACCCAUAGUGGUUACAUGUUUUGUAUUAUGAGAUAUUUAUUCUCUCACUCCUUUAUUAAUGAAGAUGGAUUGUGACUUGUGGUUUGCUAUAAUCAACAUCAUUGGAUUCCAAGUCCUCAAAGCAACCAAAUCACUUGAAUGUAGCACUUUGCUGCACUAUGAAAGGCAAUCAAUCAACUAUGUUUGAUCAAUGAAACUGAAUUUUUAUUUGCCAUACCAGAAAAUCUGCCUAAUUGUGACAACUGCCGCCAUGGCCUAAUCCCACUAAUAUAUUUAAUGUUGU